UCGAAAGAGUUAACCCCUCCUCGCGCAGCCACCCUGCAGAGAGAAAGAGGCGGAGUUUGGGUUCACGCAUAGUUUUUGUAUGUUGAAUAAGGCCAGUCACAGUGUUUUUGUGCGUGUGUGUGUGUGUGAGAGUGUGUGUGAGAGAUAGAUAGAUAGAUAGAAGGGGCUUCAACAUGGAAACAAGAUUAAUCACACCUUGUUAACCAGCCCCCGGUGUUCAUUUGAAGAACCACCAAGCUCAUAAUUAAACACCACCUCGGGAUUAUUAUGCCCAGCGCCAACGUAUCCGUGCGAAGUUUAUCCGAAGUGGAGAAAUACCUCAGCAGCCGGAUGGACCGGAGUUCUGAGGGCAGUUCUUCCUUAAGCAUCUCUGGGUCGAUGCGUCGGGGUUCUUCAGAGAACAAUCUCGACCUGGAUCUGAGCGACGGAGGUCCUGGUUCUGCUCUGGGCGCUGAGGUCCCGCGCAGUCGCUCUUGCCUGGACAACCUCCAGCAGAAGAUACUGAAAGUCACAGAGCAGCUGAAGAUAGAGCAGACGGCCCGUGACGAGAACGUGGCCGAGUACCUGAAGCUGGUGAACAGUGCUGACAAGCUGCAAGUUGGGCGCAUCAAGCAGGUGUUCGAGAAGAAGAACCAGAAGUCGGCUCAACACAUUGCCCAGAUGCAGAAGAAGUUGGAGCAGUACCAUCGAAAGAUGAAAGACAGUGAAAUCCACCAUAGCCCAGCCCCUCGCCCACUUACUGUCAAACACAGCACCUUACCCAGGGAGUCUCCCAGAGAGCUGCUGAAAGACAUGACCGGCAGUGGGCGACACCCGACCAUGGACAAGAUCAAGACCAUCGGCCCGGGUGUGUCGCUCUCCCCUCCUUUCUUCUUCAGCAAACCCAGAGAGUUCGCCAACCUCAUCAGGAACAGGUUUGGCAGUGCUGACAACAUCGCCCACCUCAAGACCACGCUGGACGCUUCCUCACAGCUGCCCACUGACAGCGCAGGGAAGGGGCUGAGUAGCAGCACCUCUAUGGUGGGCAAGCCCAAGUAUCCCAGUGAUGACGAGUGCUCCUCGGGGAGCGCCUCCAUCUCAGCAGAAAGUAACGGGAACCCGGCGGGGGUCGGUGUGUCAGCGGGGCAGGUGCAGGACCAGGAGGCCGGGGGAGACAGCCAUAGCAGACUGGCUCUGAGCCUGGAGGAGGUGAGGGAGAUCAAAGAUGCCCAGAACCAGCUGGAGGAAGACAUGGAGGAGGUAAAGGCUCAGUUCAAGAGAGAGUUUGGCAUCAUCAGCCAAACACUGCAGGAAGAGAGAUACAGGUACGAACGUUUAGAAGACCAACUAAGCGACCUGACGGAGCUUCACCAACAUGAGAUGACUGAUCUGAAGCAAGAACUGUCCAGCAUCGAGGAGAGGGUAGCUUACCAGGCUCAUGAAAGGGCCAGGGACAUUCAGGAGGCUCUGGAGUCGUGUCAGACGCGGGUAUCCAAGCUGGAGCUCCAGCAGCAGCAGCAGCAGACGGUCCAGCUCGAGAGCCGUGACGCCCGAGUCCUGCUGGGAAAGUGCAUCAACAUCAUGCUGGCCAUCAUCACCGUCAUACUGGUGUGCGUCUCCACUGCGGCCAAGUUUGCCGCUCCACUGAUGAGGAGCCGGCACCACGUGGUUGCUACCUUCCUGGGAGUUUGUUUUUUGACCAUUUUCUGGAAGAACUGGGACCGUCUACAGUAUGCCAUAGACAGGCUGCUGGUGCCUGCCUGAUGAGUGAAGAGUGCACACUGAUACUAAUACUGCAGAAACAUGGACGCUGUCUGUUGUCAGGAUAGGACUGUCUAAGAGGAUUGGUUGUACAAUCGUCAGAAGACACGAUCGCCACGCAUUUACAGAGGUCACUGUUUUUUAAAGACAGACUGAAAUGACAUUUUUAUUGUCUAGAACUUGAAUGUCUGUUGCUAACAAUUUCCAUUUAACCUUUAAAAUAAUAUUUAUAUAACGGCACAUUUUGUUACUUCUCCAAGCAUUUGCCAUGAAUCUUCACAAGACAUUAAUGGUCAAUUCAAGGAUCAAGAAGGGUGGAGAGGAGUGCACAUGAGACUCACUCUUAAUUAUUCUAACUCCUUUAGUUUCAGGUCAAUUUUAACAUCUUUAAAACUGUUGAAAAAACACACACACACACACACACACACACACACACACACACACACACACAAAACCUCAAGCUUGGUAUCGUGUUUGCCACACUUAUGAAAUGCUAAUGACACCCUUGGAGGUAUAGUUGAACAUUUUGGGAAAUAAGCUUAUUUGCUUUCUUGCCAAAAGUUAGAUGAGAAGAUCAAUGCCACACAUAUCUGUUCAAUGAAUGUGAAGCUACUGCCAGCAUACAGUUAGCUUAGCUUAGCAUGAAUGCUAAAAACGGAAUGCCAGCUGGCAUGGCUCUGUCCAAAGGUGUCCAAGUCCACCUACCAGUACCUCUGCAUCUCACUAUUUAACACCUCAUCUAAACAUGUUGUGUUUUUAAUCUUCACACCAGCCAAAGUGUAUAAAAUGACACGAUGUGAGUUAUGUGCCAAAUUAUUUUUUCUGACUCCAGGAAGCUCAAGACACAGUCCGGCACAUAAACCGCAAUGUGUGGUUUUUAAACUCUGUUCUUUGGUUUGUUUUUAGAGGUUCAGAGGUACUAAAGAUAUAUUUAUUACCUUUGCACAGAGACAGGCGAGCUAUUUCCUGCAGUUUUAGUCUUUAUGCUAAGCUAAGUUAACUAGCUACUGGUUGUAGCUUCAUAUAGCUUUCAUAUUUAGCAUACAGACAUGAGGGUGGUAUCAAUCAUCAAAUCUAACUCUGAAAGAAAAUCAAAAGGCAUAUUUUCCAAAAUGUUGAACUAUUCUCUUAAAUGAAGAAUCAACAGGCUGAAGCACAGAGGCAAUUGACAACUUGGUUUUUUUUUUUAUUCCUUAUUGCCUUGUCUGUCCUGUUUGGUCAGUAAUCUCUUAAAGUCUCUCUUUUUUUCUCUUUACUAUUCCUAAUGUUUAAAGUGCAAUAUGUUUGAUUUCUAAGAACUCUGUUUUAAAGAUGUGUCUUUUAGGAGUGAACGUUUUACGUCGGUGUAUUACAGUGACCGGGUGCUGCUGUAGUUUGGGGUCGGGUGGGGAAGUGUCAUUAAUGUCGGCAUGAGAAAUCCAUAACCACUGAAGCCGCUGCUGGGCUCUGAUAAGACCAGCUGUCUCCUCUUUCAAGGGCCAAAAAUCAAUCCCACUGCAUUACCGAGCUAGUAGCAUGACAAUAUCAACGCACGGUGAACCACGCCAUCUCCCCAGUGCAGACGCACACGUGCACAUACACUCAAACAACACACAACAGAGUCCAGAGGCUCUCUUUAUGUCUUAAGUGUCUGGUUUUUGUGUUUUACUAAUAAUGUGAUUGUGAGGCGAUGGGUUUAUACUGUGAUACAAGGCCUUUUUCUAAGGAAAAAUGCAACAAAGAGCCUUCAGUACUCAUGUCUGAUGACGGAGGAACACGUUACAGGCUCUUAAGUGAUGAUCAACGAGCCAAUUUUUGAGUGAUUGUUGUGUUGUUUCAUGUAUGUCUUACAAAUAUUGCCUAUGAUGAUCUCACAUGAAGCUACGGACCACUUUUUAAUGUUUGUCUGCCAUAAUAACACGUUUGUUGUCUACUGACUGUAUCAUAUGUGUUUUUUGUUUGUUCAUGUUUUGACAUAUUUGAGGAAGUUUUACCUACAGAUCUGGUUUACAUUCUCUUUUCAUCUCUUGUGCACUACGUGAUCAAUCAGUUGUUUUUUUCGUGCAUUACGUGCCUUUGUCUGACACUUUCUGUUAAAU